UUGGAAUAUUACCAGUGUAMAUUAGAGUAGAAUGACCAAAGAGGGAGGAAAAAAGACCCCUGGAGCAGAGACAGGUAAAAAGAAAGGAGCAGAAGAAGGGAAAUCCGAUGGCCAUCAUAGUUCGCUGGUGGGAGUAAGUGCGCUAUUAGAGAGAUAUGGAUACGCAAUUGGAGAAUUCCUAGGAAAAGGCUCAUAUGCCGUUGUAAGGAAAGCAAACUCCAGGAGAUACAAAAAAGAAGUCGCCAUAAAAAUUAUAUGCAAGAAAAAAGCACCUGAGGACUUUCUCACCAAGUUUCUUCCGAGAGAGAUAAAAGUACUUAAAAAGAUUCGACAUAAUAAUGUUUUGUCACUAUUAGAAGUUAUAGAGACCAAUACUCGUAUGUACAUUAUCACAGACCUGGCAGCAAACGGGGAUUUAYUAGAGUAUAUACGUUCACACGGCGCUUUGUCUGAAGACCGCGGCAAAGAUAUGUUUCAACAACUAGUCAGUGGAGUAUCGUACAUCCAUGACAAUGAAAUUGUUCAUAGGGACUUAAAAUGUGAAAACAUUUUACUUGAUAAAGAAAUGAAUCUCAUAAUUUCGGACUUUGGCUUUGCGAAGGAUAGCAUUGUAACAGCCACAGGUAAAAAGAAACUUAGCCAUACAUAUUGUGGAUCUUACGCUUACGCACCUCCUGAGAUCCUUAAAGGUAUAGCCUACGACGCUACAUUAGCUGAUGUAUGGAGCAUGGGCGUUAUUCUGUACACUAUGUUAUGCGGCAGACUACCAUUCGAUGACUCAAACUUGCGUAGCUUACUGCAACAGGUUCACAAGAAAGUAGCAUUUCCAUCUCGUGUCAAAUUAUCCGAUUCUGCAAAAGCAAUUAUUUGUAAGAUGCUUACAUGGAAYGUUCCAGAGCGAAUAACAAUUGAACAAUUGCUGAAAGACCCAUGGUUGUACCCGCAGAAUCAUCCCGAGUCAUGACUCCRCGCAAGGCUCCUUGAUAUCUUAGGGACAACUGUUGUUCAAAUUUGGACAUUUGAUUGCUAUCGACAGCAAUGCAUUGUAGGUGAUAAUAUUUCAAUUUCUAUUUGAUACAUAGACAUAC